GCGUGUACUGUGCGUGUUGUGUUGUGCAAAAACAAUGUCAAUCGGCAAAAUAGGCGAGUUUAAGAUCGCGUCGGACAAUUGGCGGUUAUAUGUAGAACGACUUGAACAGUAUUUCUUGUGUAACAACAUUAAAGCUGAGUUGCAAGUGCCUACGUUAGUGACCGUGAUUGGCGCCGAGGGUUAUGAACUCCUAGUCAACUUGUGCACGCCGGAUAAACCUACGACAAAAACAUUCGCCGACUUAACUGCCAUUUUAGAAAAACAUUUGCAACCUAAACCUAGUGUACUGGCAGAACGUUAUAAAUUUAGGCAUAGGAAACAGGGAGAUAGUGAAUCUAUGUCUAAUUACGUGGCAGUUUUGAAAAGAAUGUCUAAGACGUGUGACUUUGGGGCGUGGCUCGAAGAUAGUUUAAGGGAUCAGUUUGUAUGCGGAAUUCACAGCGAGACCAUUCGACAAAGGCUUUUUGCUGAAGAUAAGCUAGAUUUCACUAAAGCUUUUAAUCUGGCAGUCAGUAUGGAAGCGGCUGAGAAGGACGCCGCUAUGGUCGAGGGGUCACGAAAGCCUGCUAGUGACGGGACAAGUGCGCUGGCGUCUUGUCAAGCGAUAGCGGCGAGUUCGUCACGACGUAGGAACGAGGCGGCGCGUGGAGCAUGGCAACCGCGGGGCGCAGAGCGAGGUGCCAGCGCUGGGCGUGGUGCCCGCGCCAGCGGCUGGCAGGCAGCGUCGGCGGCGUCGGCGGGAAAACGGCGUGACGCACACUGUAACGCUUGCGGCGGGACGCACGGCACGGACACCUGCCGGUUCACCCGCUAUGUGUGCAAGGUGUGCAACAAGCAGGGACACUUGCAACGGGUGUGUCCAUUAAUGGCUGAUACUCGUACUCACAGCGUGGAAGUUAUGAAUAUGGCCAGUCACCGGGACACAUAUAGUGAGGACAGUGACAUGAGUGACGAGGUAAUUAUCAUACAUGUUAAUAACUUAAAGGCAGCGGAUUACAAACCUAUUUUUAUGAAAAUAAAUGUGCAGGGUAUUGACCUUGACAUGGAAUGCGAUACAGGCAGUGCGAUAUCAUGCGUCAGCAAAAAAGUUUACGAACAAUUGUUUUCUCAGUUAGUACUUUAUAGUAGUAAUGUUAGAUUACGUUAUUACACUGGAGAGCUUGUAAAACCAGUCGGUGUAGUAAAACCACUGGUAAAAUAUAAAGAUAGGCAGGAAUAUUUGGAGAUGUAUGUAAUUGAAAAUGGUAAAUCCAUGUUGAUAGGCAGACAAUGGCUGGCGGAAUUAAAUAUACCCAUACCUACGCCAUGCAGACCUUGCAAUGUUAAUAGAAACGAGGUAGAUGGAAAUGAGUUUAACUUGACGGAUUUCAGUUCCAGAUUUUGUGACGUGUUCGCGGAAGGUUUGGGGCGGUUCACCGGCGGUCGCGUGAGCAUCCACCUGCGGGAAGGGGCGCGGCCGGUGUUCCUGCGCGCGCGCCCCCUGGCGUACGCGCUGCGCACGCCGGUGGAGCGCGCGCUGGAGCAGCUGGUGCGCGACGGCGUGCUCACCCCCGUCGACCGCUCCGACUGGGCUACACCCAUUGUCCCGGUAGUAAAGAAGGAUGGUAAUGUAAGAAUUUGCGCUGAUUACAAACUGACCUUAAAUAGAAUGCUAGAAGUCGAUCGAUAUCCGUUACCUAGGGUAGAAGAUUUGUUAGCACGCCUGUACGGGGGGAAGCGAUUUAGUAAGAUCGACUUAUCGCAGGCCUACGCGCAAUUUGAGCUGGACGAUUCUCGAAAAUACACCGUGAUUAAUACUCAUAAGGGCUUAUUCCGAUAUAAUCGUCUUGUGUAUGGAUUGUCCUCGAGCCCGGGUAUAUUUCAGAGGCGGUUGGAACAAAUGUUUGCAGACUUGCCACACGUAGGCGUAUUCCUUGACGACGUGAUUAUCACGGGCAGCGAUACGGAAACGCAUAUUGACAAUUUAGUUAAAGUUUUUGAGCGGUUGCAAGCCUAUGGUUUGCGCGUAAAAAAAGAGAAAUGCGCUUUCUUUGCUAAGUCGAUUAAUUAUCUAGGGCACGUCAUUAGUGAAGAUGGCAUACAUACUUGCCCAGAAAAAGUAAAGGCCAUCGAGGCCGCGCCGGCGCCACGUAAUGUAUCCGAAUUAAGGGCCUUUAUAGGGAUGGUAAUGUAUUACGCGAAGUUCGUCGGUAAUGUUAGUAGUAUAAUGGCACCCUUGUAUAAUUUAUUGAAAAGUGGAGUUAAGUUCGUGUGGGAUAGGGAGUGUCAGGCGGCUUUCCAAGAAAUCAAGAGGGCGCUCGGGUCGAGUCAAGUGCUAACGCAUUAUUCAGAGGAAUUGCCACUGAUUUUGACUUGCGACGCAUCUGGAGUGGGGGUUGCCUCGGUGAUAUCGCACGUCACGGAGCACGGGGAGCGGCCCGUGGCAUAUGCCUCGCGCACGCUUACAGCGGCGGAGCGUGCGUACGCACAAAUAGACCGGGAGGCACUAGCAAUUGUCUACGGAAUUCGUAAAUUCCACCAAUACCUAUACGGUCGCAAAUUUAUAUUACGGACUGAUCACAAGCCACUCACGUACAUUUUUGGAGAUAAGGUCGGCAUUCCGGUAAUGGCAGCUUCGCGCAUACAACGAUGGGCGGUUCUUUUAUCGGGGUACGAUUAUCAAAUUGAAUAUGUUGCAUCAAAACAAAAUUGUGCGGACGCGCUAUCGCGGUUACCUCAGGCGAAAGAGGGGGCAGCGGGUAGAGAGGAAGAAGUCACUUAUGUGAAUUUUGUAGAAAACUUCCUACCGGUAACUAAUAAUGAUGUACGGGUUUCGACAGCCAAAGAUAGGUUAGUGAGUAGGGUUAUCACGUACGCGCAAUCAGGAUGGCCGGCUAGUUGUCCCGACGAAGAGAUGGAGCCUUACUUUAUAAGGCGUCACGAGUUAUAUGUAGACCGCGGCUGCUUGAUGUGGGGAUAUCGUAUGACUAUUCCUAAUUCGCUGCGUGAAAAGGUACUUAAACAGCUGCAUAUUAGUCAUAUGGGUAUCGUUAAAAUGAAAUCACUGGCGCGAAGUUAUGUAUGGUGGCCUAACAUAGACGCGGAGGUGGAGGCGUUGUGUAGAGGUUGCGAGACGUGUGCAGCGGAGGCGGUCGCACCGCCACAGGCUGCGCCAAGUUCAUGGAAGUAUGCUAUGCAGCCCUGGACUAGGAUUCACUUAGAUUUUUUGCAAUAUAAAGGUAGGACUUAUUUAAUUCUCAUUGACUCGACCUCUAAAUGGAUUGAGGUGUUUGAGAUGUCACGUACAAACUCGUCUGCCGUAAUUAUGGAACUGAGGGCGACUUUCGCUCGCUUUGGGCUACCGUCAGUCGUAGUUUCAGACCAAGGACCGCCUUUUACAAGCGCAGAGUUCAAACAAUUCUUAAUUCAAAACGGCAUUGAACAGGCAUUUUCACCCGCAUACCACCCGGCGUCCAAUGGAGCUGCAGAGCAAGCGGUAAAGUUGUGUAAACGGGCGAUAAAGAAAGCGUUUAGGGACGGGGUAGAUGUAGACGUCGCAUUACAAACGUACCUGCUAGCGUAUAGGAAUAGCGUGCAUAGUACCACGGGAGAAACCCCAGCGAUGCUUCUACAAAAACGGAAUUUACGUUCGAGGUUAGACUUAUUACGUAGUGAUCGUGGGCUGGAAGACCGGGUACGUGACGCGCAGCGCCGCCAGCAGGCGCAGGCCGGUCAGAGCGCGAUCGCGGAGCGAAACUUGGUAACGGGAGAAACAGUUUGGGCGCGUAAUUAUACUGGUGCCGAUAAAUGGAUCAAAGGUACUAUCGUAGGCAAGGAGGGUUCACGUCGGUAUACCCUGGAUAACGGAGACGGGCGACUUCUAGUUAGACAUAUAGACCAACUCAGGCGCAGAUCAGUUUUAUCGAGCAUUCCGUGCCCUACGGACCAGGGGCCCGACGGGGAUGAGCAGGCUGAACAAUUAGAGAGUGCCGAGGUACAACCUGCUGGGUCGGUGGAUCGGGGUGAGGAAGGGACCGAGACAGUAAGGGGGGAGGAAGUAACUAAUAAAACGUCGGUUACAGCUAAUCCUUCCCCACGUCCUCAGCCACCAACGCGAUCGCCGGUGACGCUUAGGCCGUUGCCAAGCCGUAGACAUAGACUAGAAAUAGAUUAGUUAUAAUUAGUUUAA